GGAGAGCACUUUUGGGAAGCCUCCACUCCACGACUCAGGCUGGCCCGUCAGAGCUGGGGGAGAGGGCUGCGGGAGGAGGCUCGGCGGGAGCCUGACCUUCCCGGAGUGCCCUUCUGCCCGUCCGCGGGUCCUGGACGAGAGCCCCGAGGGCUCUGACUGCAUCCAGGCGGGCGGGAGAGCAGGCGUUGCGCCCCUAGCGCGGCAGGCUCUGAGGUCCUGGGAACCCCGCUCUCCCAGACCGGUGUCGCAAUGCAUGCUCUCUCAGGAUUCUCCCUGGUCAGCCUACUCAGUUUGGGCUACCUGUCCUGGGAUUGGGCUAAGCCCGGCCUUGUGGCUGAUGGGCCUGCCGAGGCUGGCGAUCAGCCUUCGGUGGCUCCACCGCAGCCUCCACACAUUAUCUUCAUCCUCACCGACGACCAAGGGUACCACGACGUGGGAUACCAUGGCUCAGAUAUCGAGACCCCAACGCUGGACCGGCUAGCAGCUGAGGGCGUCAAACUGGAGAAUUAUUACAUCCAACCCAUAUGUACACCUUCGAGGAGUCAACUCCUCACCGGCAGGUACCAGAUCCAUACAGGAUUGCAGCACUCCAUUAUCCGCCCACGGCAGCCCAACUGUCUGCCCCUGGACCAGGUGACGCUGCCCCAGAAGCUACAGGAGGCAGGCUACUCCACCCACAUGGUGGGCAAGUGGCAUCUGGGCUUCUACCGGAAGGAGUGCUUGCCUACCCGCAGGGGCUUCGACACCUUCCUGGGUUCCCUCACAGGCAAUGUGGAUUAUUAUACCUACGACAACUGUGAUGGCCCAGGGGUUUGUGGGUUUGACCUGCACGAGGGUGAGAGCGUGGCCUGGGGGCUCAGCGGCCAGUACUCCACUAUGCUCUAUGCUCAGCGUGCAAGCCACAUCCUGGCCAGCCACAAUCCCCAGAAUCCUCUCUUUCUCUAUGUGGCCUUCCAGGCAGUACACACACCCCUACAGUCACCUCGAGAAUACCUAUACCGCUACCGCACGAUGGGCAACGUAGCGCGGCGCAAGUACGCAGCCAUGGUGACCUGCAUGGACGAGGCUGUGCGCAAUAUCACCUGGGCCCUCAAGCGCUAUGGUUUCUAUAACAACAGUGUCAUUAUCUUCUCCAGUGACAAUGGUGGCCAGACCUUCUCGGGGGGUAGCAACUGGCCCCUUCGAGGACGCAAGGGUACUUACUGGGAAGGUGGUGUGAGGGGCCUGGGUUUUGUCCACAGCCCACUGCUAAAGAAAAAGAGACGGACCAGUCGGGCCCUGGUCCAUAUCACAGACUGGUACCCAACACUGGUGGGUCUGGCAGGCGGUACUACAUCAGCAGCUGAUGGGCUGGAUGGCUAUGACGUGUGGCCGGCCAUUAGCGAGGGCCAGGCCUCACCACGCACAGAGAUCCUACACAACAUCGACCCCCUCUACAACCAUGCCCGGCAUGGAUCCUUGGAGGGUGGCUUUGGGAUCUGGAAUACAGCAGUGCAGGCUGCUAUCCGAGUUGGGGAGUGGAAGCUACUCACCGGAGACCCAGGCCAUGGUGACUGGAUUCCACCUCAGACACUGGCCUCCUUCCCUGGCAGCUGGUGGAACCUGGAGCGGAUGGCCAGCAUCCGCCAGGCUGUGUGGCUCUUUAACAUCAGUGCUGACCCUUACGAACGAGAGGACCUGGCUGGCCAGCGACCCGAUGUAGUCCGCACCCUGCUGUCUCGCCUGGCUGAUUAUAACCGUACUGCCAUCCCUGUGCGUUACCCAGCUGCGAACCCUCGGGCUCAUCCUGACUUUAAUGGGGGUGCUUGGGGGCCCUGGGCCAGUGAUGAGGAGGAAGAAGAGGAGGAGGAAGAGGAGGAAGGCAGAGCUAGAAGUUUCUCUCGGGGUCGCCGCAAGAAGAAAUGCAAGAUUUGCAAGCUUCGAUCUUUUUUCCGUAAACUCAAUACCAGGCUGAUGUCCCACCGGAUCUGAUGGCUUGGGGUGGCAGGGAAUCUCAGUUCCCCUCAGACACUCUCCCUUUGCUGGUUCUCAGGGAGGAGGCAAAGGUCAAGUCUUCAUCUGCAGGCAUGUGGAGGGAGGACACAGAAGCCCUCAGCUGAAUAGGGUGGGACUUGGGGAAGGGCAGCAACCAGGAUGGGUUGCCUGGGUCACAAUCCUGCCUCUCUCUUGAUGUGUUUCUCUUUUGCCCUCAGGUCACCUAUAGCAGCAUUCUGCCUCAGUCUCACCCCUAAGAUGAGCUCGGGUGACUUUAGGACUCCAGUGUACACCGGUGUCUGGGGCCAUGGCAGGGUUUCUUGCUGACCUUGCCACCUUCCAGACAACUUGAGUCCAUGAGCCCUCUUUCCAGGUCUCUGUGGUGCUCUUGGAUGUCAGCUGGAGUAUGGCCAGCUGGCUGCUGCUCUGUUGAACAGCUCAAUGAGAGAACGGACAGGGUAGGCUCUGAGAAAUCUUUACGUUCCGGGAGCCUCAAGACUUGGGAGCCUAGUGGAAUUCUUCUCUUUUGGUCCCCAACAUCCAGGGUGGGGGAAACUGGCUGAGCCUGAGCCACUGCAUAGUGAGGGUGGGGGAAACAGCUGUGAAAGGAGCCUUUGAUUUGGUCUUGAACACAGUUCUUCCCCACAGGGCCUUGAUUUCCCUACUUGCAAAGGAGUAGGGAAAUGUGAGCCUUGGCUCUGCCUACCUCACGGUGCUGUAGAAAACUGGCCAGGCUGAUGGUUGUGGAGGAGCCCGUGAACUUGAUUAAAGUGCCAUUAUCCAGA